CCUCGUCUGCUGAUAAUUGACUUCAUCUGGUCGGUCGCUUCGGUUCGAGACAGUCACACAUUCUCCUCCUCCUCCGUUGCUCCGUUAACUCCAAACUCCGGCUGUUUGCAAGUGCCCUAUUUACCCCUGCUAGCAUCACUUCACCUGUCAUCAAGGAUCGUCUUCAAUUCUCCUGUCGAGACAAAACAAAACCAAACACACUUUUGUCUGCUGAUCAAAUACAAUGCAGCAACAACAGCAGAAGACGGCCGACGUGGUAAUCGUCGGUGCCGGCAUUUCCGGACUGACAGCGGCUGAUCAUCUCCGCCGAAACGGCGUCACCAACGUCGUCAUCCUCGAAGCAUCCAGCAGAUAUGGAGGCCGUUUGUUUACGGCACCCCAUGGCGAUGCUUACCUGGAGUAUGGGGCUAACUGGAUUCACGGUGGGAGCGAGGAGAAUGAACUGUUCAAGCUCGCCCGGCAACGCUCCCUGUUGAGCGACAAUUUAAACCUUGAAAACCGAACCAAAGGAUUUUUUUACACGUCAACUGGGCAAACCAUUGAUGGACAACUGGGAGAGAAGUGUUACCAGCUCUUUUUCGACGCUGAAACGGAAGCCGGCCGUCUCUACCGCUCCGACAGUCGCAUGAAGCAAAAACUGGCCAGCAAAUCGCUGCUCCAGUACUUGGAAGAAGUUUGGCAACGACUGGCCGAAAAGGAAUUUGGCGCUGAUUUGAACGAUCCCGUUCGCCAACAAGCCGAGUCCAUUUUCCUCUCCAUGAUCCUUUACUUCCGCUCCCACGUCGGCAACGACUUGUCCCUCGUUCCAGCCAUUCUGCACGGCACGUUUGAAAAUGUGGCCGAAGAAGAUGUCAAGAUGCCGAACGGCAUGCGCGCCUUGGUCGACGAGUUUUACGUCAAUCUGCCAAAAGGCACCAUUGAAUUCGAUACGACCGUCACUGGAAUCUUCUGGGACGAGAGCUCGAACGGAUCGUCCUCGGGUGAAUGGCUGGAUCAUCCGGUUAAAAUCACCACGGAUCACGGCGUUACUUGGAGAGCCAAGCACGUCAUUUGCACGCUACCACUUGGUGUACUCAAGAGGUCACAUGACAAAAUCUUCCACCCUCCUCUUCCUCCAGUGAAAGUUAAAGCCAUCGAAACCAUCGGAUUCGGCAAAGUCGAGAAAGUCUUUGUCGAGUUCGAUCGCCCCUUUUGGGAACCAGGUUUCGGUGGCGUGAAACUGGCUUGGACUGCCGAAGAUUUGGCUGAGAAGCUCUUGCCACGUGAUUGGUACAAGGUCAUUUGUAGCUUUGAGGAAGUCUACCGCCAGCCCAAUAUACUCGCCGCAUGGGUUUCUGGCCAAGAAGCUCAGGCCAUGCUCUCGUUGAGUGACGAGGAAAUUCUCGAAACUUGCACUCGUGUACUUCGUACCUUUACGGCCAACCCCGGAAUGGUGGCCCCCGUCCGAAUCAUCCGAUCCAACUGGCUCAACGAUCCUCUGUUUUGUGGAUCCUAUUCCUACCCAACAUUCCAUUCUAGUCAUAGGAGCUUCGGCGAUUUAGCCGCUCCAAUUCCCUGUGAGAAAAAUCCUCGUCUUUUAUUCGCUGGUGAAGCUACUCACGAUCACUACUACUCGACUCUCCACGCUGCCCACAUUACUGGAAAGAGGGAGGCGGAACGUAUUGUCCCGUUGCUCCUUAAGUCAAACAAGCAUUUCUUAAAGCACAAGCUUUGAACUAUUAGGGCGACGAAAAAUCAAGAUAUCGUCCCCACAUACUCUUUGUUAUUGAUAUGAUUAAAUAAUUAUAGAAGGGAAGCGGGAAAUAAGAAACAUACUAACCAACCACAUUAUCCUUGUUAGCAUAAUCCAUAUUUUUGCUUCUAGUUGAAUGGGGGAUUUGCAUACUUUUCUUUAUUGGACGAGGUGGGGCACAAUUUAGUAACCAUCAACUUAUUUCACAUUCUUCGCCUUUUCUUGCUCAACAUGUUUUGUGUAUCAUUAUUCUUAUACCAAUGGUGCAGUAUCUUAUGUUUCCACGAAAUGGCCAGGAUGUAUUUGGAUUGAGAGAAAAAAAGAUAAUACAUGCCAGAUAGAAUCUGAA